UCAGACCCUGUCCUCAGACCCUCAGACCCUCAGACCCUGUCCUCAGACCCUCAGACCCUGUUCUCAGACCCUGUCCUCAGACCCUCAGACCCUCAGACCCUGUCCUCAGACCCUCAGACCCUGUCCUCAGACCCUCAGACCCUGUCCUGUCUCCAGGCCAUGCAGCUGAAGGGGCUGUCCCACUGUAAGGGGGCGCUGGCCUUCGCCCUCCUCAUGGACCUCCUGGGGGGGGCGUCCCUGCUGCUCGGGGUCUUCGCCCCGCUGGAGCUCAACGGACAGGACUUCGGAGACCUGCUGGUGUACACAGGGGCCCUGCUGGUGGUGCUCUCCUUGGGGGGCUGGGUCCUCUGGUACUCUGGGAACAUCGAGGGCCUUCCCUCCAGGAAGGAGCUGGGCCACAUCGGCUCGGCCGUGGACCGCCUGGCCCGCAACCUCAGCCGGAGGAUCCACACCUUCAGGAGCCGCCACCCCUGACCCCUGACCCCUGACCCACCGGGACCUGGGCCGUCAGAUCCAGAGACCAGCUGAGCGAUCCCCGACCCACCGGUUCAGCGUCGAUACGAUGUGUUGAUACAUGUCCUCUCCUCUGCUCCUGUUACUGUGAAACACAGACGACUGAAGCCCAUGUCCUGUGCAUUUCUGACCCGUUUUAAAGCAGGGUUUGUUAGUUGUAGACUUAAUAUUGUUUUGUGUUUGGCCCCAUGCAUCUUUAAUAAAUGUUGAAAUCUGA